AGGAAAAAAAAAGAAAAGAAAAAGAAACACCGGAAUGAGGAAAUUGGCCAUCGGCAAAACAAAGUUGUUCAUUGCUGAUAACCGUGCAACCUGAUGAACCGCGGGUCAGUCAACCCGAGUCCUUCAGACGAGUUCGCAGCUCCUCUCGUACCUUCUCCACAUGCUCUAUCCAGCCACCCCGCAUCCAGCGAUGUCCCUCCUGUUCCUCACGGUGCUCUCCUCACUCAUGCUGCAUGAUGCUGAGGCGUGGAGCGCCGGCGUGAAGUAUGCGGUGAACUGCCCGGACAGAUGCAGCGUGGACCGCUGCGGCGACACGCAGCGCUGUACGCGGACCGUCCUGGACGACUGCGGCUGCUGCCAGGUCUGCGCGGCCGGCAGAAACGAGCACUGUUACCGCACGGUGUCCGGGAUGCACGGCGUCAAGUGCGGACCGGGGCUGUUCUGCGAGUUCUACAAGGAUGAGGACGAUUAUGGAGACGAAUACGGGAUUUGCAAAGACUGCCCGUAUGGGACCUAUGGGGUUGAGUGCCGCAAGACCUGCAGCUGCAAAGGAGGCAUUUGUGACAGGGAAACUGGAGCUUGUCUUACCCUCACAUUCUUUGCCAAAAUUGCCAGCAAGCUCAAAACUGGACCACAAACAGGGUCUGAAGUGGGAUCAGGACAAGUGGUUGCACAGAGCACAGACAGAUCCACGGCUCCAAAAAGACUGAACCCUCGCUGACAAAAAGAGAAACAACCCUUCAAAUGUUCAGUCCACUAUUGCAUUAAUUUAUAAAUAAACCAAAAUGUAUGUUUUAACAAAAAACUUUUUGACCAGCAUUUCAAAACUUGUUUGAUUUUUGUUUCAUCUUUUAUAUAGAUAUGCAGUGUUAUCUCUGCUCUUUAAUUGUUGCUUUUCUUUUUCUUUUUUUUCUAUUAUGAUGUUUGAUAAAGCCUGUUUUAAUAUUAAAUUAAAUCAAAAGGCACAUUACAGUUCCUUGUAUUGCAUACUGGCUUGAAGUCGUCAGAAUGAGUAUAAAACAUUUACGAAGCCUAAUUUCCUGACACCAAUAACAUGUCCAGAAUUGUUAAAGCAGACUGCUGUACUGUAACCAACAACUUGAUAGUGGAAAUGUCCUGAAAUUUCCAGGAUUACUAGAUUUUCAUGUUGCAGAUGUAACAUUUAGGUCAAAAACAAUAUGCCUUCAAAUCAGAAAAAGUUAAACGUGACCUUAGAUGAAGCAUAAAGUCCAUAAGAGCAAAAUUGUUAGAAAUUUUUACAGGAGUUUUACAGCACUUAUCUUGUAGAAUUAAAACUCUUCAGAGAUUUAAAUCAAAAAGAGAAAAAUACAUUCUAAAUGUUGACAUUAUGUUGUUCAUUUUUUCCUAUCACCAUUUUAAUAACUUUUUAAACGUUGACACAUACUGACAACAUUUCUUUGUCUGCAAUGUACAGGAUGUGAUAAGGCAAAUCAUUGGAAAUUGAACCUAAAUUGGAAAUCACUGAAAUAAAUAUAAAUGAAGGAAUGUUUGAUUCCUAUUGGCCUUUGUGUUUUUUUGGUGAUCUUUUGCAUUGUAUAUUGUUUCUUAUUAAAUGUAACUUACAGCAAUAUUUUUGUUCAUUUAACACUUAUUUCCAUGAUUAUCCAGUUUUUAUUGGGGGGAAAAAAAGCAUCAUAUGUAGCUCUCUGUCCUUGUUUGAACAUACUCCACAAUAAAAACUUAUAACUGA